GCGGAGCAUGGUAACUUCUCCAGCAAUCAGAGCGCUCCCCCUCACAUCAGUGGCAUGCUUCAUGGAGAUAUGCUCCUCUCACUGCCCUCUGCACCAGCAACAUGGAUUGUCACCUCUCCAUCCUCCUCCUUCUCAGCUGCUCCGCUCUCCAUUGCUUUGGGGAACUGAUUCUCCAACCUUCCAAUGAAGUCAAUCUACUGGAUUCAAAAACAAUUCAAGGGGAGCUGGGCUGGAUCUCUUAUCCAUCACAUGGGUGGGAAGAGAUCAGUGGUGUUGAUGAACAUUACACACCCAUCAGGACUUACCAGGUGUGCAAUGUCAUGGAUCACAGUCAAAAUAAUUGGCUGAGGACAAACUGGGUCCCCAGGAACUCAGCUCAGAAGAUCUAUGUGGAGCUCAAGUUCACUCUACGGGAUUGCAAUAGCAUUCCACUGGUUUUGGGAACUUGCAAAGAGACUUUCAACUUGUACUACAUGGAGUCUGAUGAUGAUCAUGGGGUCAAAUUUCGAGAACACCAGUUUACAAAGAUUGACACUAUUGCAGCUGAUGAAAGUUUCACCCAAAUGGAUCUCGGAGACCGUAUUCUUAAACUCAACACUGAAAUUAGAGAAGUAGGUCCUGUCAACAAAAAGGGAUUUUAUUUGGCAUUUCAAGAUGUUGGUGCUUGUGUCGCCUUGGUGUCUGUGAGAGUGUACUUCAAAAAGUGCCCAUUCACGGUGAAGAAUCUGGCCAUGUUUCCAGACACAGUACCCAUGGAUUCCCAAUCCCUGGUGGAGGUUAGAGGUUCUUGUGUUAACAAUUCUAAGGAGGAAGAUCCUCCCAGGAUGUACUGCAGUACAGAAGGUGAAUGGCUUGUACCCAUUGGCAAGUGCUCGUGCAAUGCUGGCUAUGAAGAAAGAGGUUUUGUGUGCCAAGAAACACUACCACAGUGUGGACUUCUAGCCAAAGAUUGGUUCUGUGAGAGGAGACCCGGAGAUUCCAAGGAGCUGGAAAAAGUGACUGACGUUCAGUGGCUGGAAUUUGGUAGUGCACGAACUGAGAAUGUGAACAGAGUAGUAAAAGAGAUAUCAAAGACAAAGCAUUUGGAGAUUGAGGGUGUUUCCUUGAGCAAAGGGUUCAGACAGCUGCUAUGGAGUUAG